CGUUAAAACACACUUCAACCGGAAUAGCUAGAAACCUUAUUGCACUGUCACAGAACACCUCUUUUCUGGCACCCACCAUUGCACUUUGUUUAUACUCAUCCUGCACCCCCCACGCUCUAGCUGUCACACCCGGGUACCUUGAACUUUCACUGGGCCAUAACAAUAUGCGUCUCCGCGCCGUGUUACCUCCUCUUCCUGAUGAACUUCUGGAUGCACUCGAGGACCUUGGAAUUAAAACUGACGCAGACCUGCUAUUCUCUGAUGAUGCAGUGGACUUAUGGCGCAAGCUACCCGAUGACUCCAUCACCCUCCAGGAAGUGGUCGACCUUAUGACGCGCGUCGCAGCACAACAAGCGGCACCGAUGAUGCGAGGAGAUGUACUUCUUCAAGAAGAAACUGAAAGAUGCAAGAAACGCGCGUCUGACGCGCUGUACAGUGGUGUGCAGGCACUAGAUGAACUCGUUGGUGGAUUCGGUCAAUAUCGUGUACUCGAGAUAUCUGGCGACAGAUGUUCGGGAAAAACUGCCCUUGCGCUGCAAAUUGUUUUGCGAUAUCUCUCAGGCUGUGCUAACUCAAGUGCAGUAUGGAUCGACACCACUGGCGACUUCUCUGCAGAUCGAGUGCAUCAAAUUAUGAGAGAUGAUGGCUCCUUGGAAGCCUUAGAACGACUGCAGGUCUCCCUUGCCUUCGAGCUCGAAGCCGUUCAAGGAGUUCUGGAGUCUGCACAAUACUCAUUGAAUUUGGAACCCAAAGCAAAUAUUCGAUGUAUUGUGAUUGAUUCUAUCACUCCUCUCUUCCGACCGCUUCUUAGUGUGGUGUCUUCCCAAGGGCAUUCCCUUAUGACAACUUUCAUGCGACGGUUACGCGAAUUCGCUGAGAUGUAUUCACUGACGAUUCUGAUCAUUAACUCAACAAGUAAGGCAAGCCCUCGAAAUCCAGACUCUGUUUUCGCCUUCACCAAUCGAAAGCCGGCACUUGGGCCGUCUUUCACUUUUCUGACCGAUGCAACACUAUGGCUGUCCAGAAUAGAGAGACCUUCUCAGGAUUCAGACACGCUGCAUGUUGCAGAAGUCCUUCGCUCUCGUAGAGCCCAGUCCCAUAGAUGGUGUCCGUUCAGAAUACUUGACGGUGUCCUAAUCCCGUUCAGAUGAGGGGUUGAAUAAUCCAGGUGCCGGGUUGUAGGUCCUUUCCUGCUAUGGUAAAGGUUAAUGACAUGAGAUUCAAUCAGAUACGAAAGGUGCGAGGUCUGUCUGGCCAUAUAUUCGGACGUCAAUGAGAAAAAGAAAGAAAAAAGGGAGAAAAGAAAUACACAAUCAAUAAGGAUAUUAUCUAUAGGCCAAGUCCGAGUCGACGAAUCUAUAAAAUGCUGGAAGUCCGAGACGGUGUAACACAAGAAUUUGAUAGGGAAACACUACUGAUGCAGAUGAAGGAAAAUGGAAAAGAGGCGGAUAAGAGGUAAGCAGAGUUCGGGAUUCGUGCAUUCCUCCGAAACCAGCCACCGAUGCCAGUACCCAACAGGCCAACAGGAUUCGGCGCGACUCGAAUCCCUAGGUCUGUCAAGCAAAGGCUGGUGACACUACACUAUUACACCGUGUUGUGAUCUCCUACCCAGACGAAGGCCACGUCCGACCUUCGCGCUUGGUCGGGUGUGGCUUUCCCCCGGCUAUGAGACCACUAAAUAAUAUCUAACACUACGGGUACCGGUAAUUCCGAAAUGAAAGACAGUAUGUAUAACUGGGGCUUUCGGCAGCGUUCACCACUUCUCUUGGUGGUUGAGGUCGCCGAAAUCCUUCAGGGUAGCGACAAUGGCGAAGGUCGGCAGGUCUAGCUGGCUAGAUGUCUGGGUUAAGCCAC